GGUGUAUGGGUGAGGGUUGUGGUUUGCACAGUCCAUGUGUACCGCCUCUGAUGCGGAGGAAUAUUUUGGCAGAGGUUGGCAUUGAGAUCUAGUUCAGUGUGUGGCAGUGUUUGGAGAGAGAGACAGAGAAGGAGAGAGAGAGAGAGAGAGAGAGAGUCUAUCUGAUGCUAACGUUAUCCUCUGCAACUAACCAACCAACCAACCAACCAACCCAGUGCAAAACAACACAGAGCCCAGACCACAUCCCAAACCCUCCUGAAAAUGAUUGUCGCUUCAUUCUGCUUCGUCGGAUUGCUCCUGUGCACUGGAGAAGCCGUGCUGCAAGUGACCAUUUCUCUGGGCAAAGUGGAGCUGAGUGUCGGCGAAUCCAAAUUCUUCACUUGUACAGCCAUCGGGGAACCCGUCAGUAUAGAAUGGUUCAGCCCCGAUGGGGAGAAGAUUUUGUCCAGCGAGAGGGUCGUGGUCCAGGUGGAGACGGUGAGAUCGAGGCUGACAAUCUACAACGCCAACGUGGAGGACGCAGGGAUCUACACGUGUCAAGUCACCGAUGGCAAAGGAGCAUCGCAGGAGGCCACUAUUUUGGUGGAAAUCUACAAGAAGCUGACGUUCAAGAACGUCCAGUCUCCCCAGGAGUUCAGAGAAGGGGACGUUGCGGAGGUGGUGUGCCAAGUGAGCAGCUCUCCGGCUCCUGUGGUGACCUGGCUGAACAAUAACCAGGAUAUCACCGGCCCGCAGUACGAGCAGUUUUUAAUGCUCGAGAACGGGAACCUGAGGAUCCUCAAUGUCAGCAAGAAGAAUGAAGGUGUGUACAGGUGCGAAGGCAGAGUGGAAGCCAGAGGAGAAAUCGACUUUCGGGACAUCACUCUGAUUGUCAAUGUUCCUCCGACCAUUUCCGCACAGCAGCGAUAUGCAAACGCAACAGCCGGCCAGAAAGGGGCAGUGACCUUCAAGUGUACAGCCACCGGUUCUCCCCAGCCCACGAUCACCUGGCACAGAAAGGGGAAACUGGUUGAAGAAGGUGAAAAGUACUCCGUGCUGAGGGAAGGCAAUGAGUUGUUCAUCAGGAACAUUGUACGAGGCGACACAGGAGACUAUAGUUGUCGGGCAACAAACAAAGCUGGCAUCACGGAGGAGCUAAUGGAACUCAACGUCUUCGUGCAACCACACAUCACGUUACUGGAAAACGCAACCGCGACUGAGAAUGGCCACGUGCUGAUCACCUGCGAGGUGGACGGAGAACCAGCUCCCACCGUCUCGUGGCGUAGGGUAGGGAACGCCAGCGUCUUGCUGGAGGGAGAGAAGAGCCAGGAUGGGAGGAUCGAGGUGAGGAAACAGAAAGGGACGUCGUCUCUGUUCAUCAGAACAGCCACGGCUGAUUCUGGGGAUUAUCACUGCAAAGCCAUCAGCCCCAUCGGACAAGACCAGAGGAGCAUGCACUUGGACGUUCAAUACGCUCCCAAGUUUCUGUCGACCCAGCUCACUUACUACUCGUGGGAGGGCAACCCGGUGAACAUCAGCUGUGACGUGUCGGCUAACCCUCAGGCGUUCAUCCACUGGAGGAGAGGAAGCACCGUCCUUCCGGACUUGAACAUACCCGACAUCAGCGUUCACAAGAAGGAGACCAAGGUCCUACUGGAGAUCACACCACGAACCGACAAGGACUUUGGCAACUACAACUGUACGGCCGGCAACAGGAUAGGGACCAGAUCUCAGCAGUUCAUCCUUGUCCAGGCAGCUGUGCCCUCCCGUCCUUACGGGCUGAGGGUGGUCUCGGUGUCUCAGACGGUGGCGAAGAUUUCCUUCACCAAACCCGAUUCCCACGGAGGGAUCCCCAUCCACCAUUAUCGGGUGGACUUCAAAGAGGCGGAUUGGGAGGACUGGAGAACCGUCAACUCCAACGGAAGCGAAACGCACUUCGUCCUGACCCACCUGAAGCCCAACACCACUCACCGAUUCAGAGUGUCGGCCGUCAACGGCAAAGGACAGGGAGAGCCCAGUCAGCCGCAGACCUUCGAGACCCUGCCAGUCCGAGAACCCCUUCCGCCCAAGGUGCAAGGCCACAGCGGCAGUGACAAGAACUACAAGCUGAUGGUGACUGAGCAAGAUGAUGGUGGAUCGCCCAUUCUGGAGUACUUCCUGAGAUACAGGAGCGUGAGUACUAAGGACAAGGAGGAUGAGUGGAUACAGAAGACCUCCGAGGGGAGCAAAGAUUCCAUUGUGCUGGAGGACCUACAAUGGGACGUGCAGUAUCAAGUGGAGAUCACAGCCAUCAACCGUCUUGGCUCUUCCCACCCCACCUUGUACGAGUUCACCAUGCCUCCCAAACCCAACACCAUUAGCAACACGCUGUUCAGCAGCCUGGGUCUCGGCGCGGUGGUGGGCCUGGGAGUGUGCGCCCUGCUCGUCAUCCUCGUCAUCACCGACGUCAGCUGCUUCUUCACCAAGCAGUGCGGCCUCCUGAUGUUCAUCACCACCCGUGUCUGCGGCAAAAGCAACAGCUCUAGCACCAAAACCAAGGACGCGGAGGAGGGCAAAGCCGCGUAUCUCAAAGAUGGAUCGAAAGAGCCCAUAGUGGAGAUGAGAACGGAAGAGGAACCAAUCACAAACCAUGACGGGAGCCCAGUCAAUGAGCCGAAUGAGACCACACCCCUCACAGAACCGGAAAAGUCACUCUUAAAGGAAGACAACGGCAAAGAGGCCUUGAGUCCAGAGACUGAGGAGGUGUCAGUUACCAACGACAUGACCACGCAGUCGAAAGAAGGCGGCAGCAAAGCAUAAUGGCGACAAGAGGGAGCUUUGUCGUGAGCUCAGUGAAGGAAGGAUUCCCACCCCACACUGCACCCUACCA